AUGGCGUUUGGCCGGUCGAGUCGCUCGAAGAGCCAUUCAUCGUCAGAGCCACCGCCAAAACCGCCGCGCCCGCACAGAUCACAUCAGCAAACACAGAGCGCUUCAGGGCCAUCGCACAAACAUGCCAAUUCCUUGUACCUGGCGCCGGAGGGUGGGUAUUCGGUCAAUACUCUCAAUGCCUCACCGCCAGUUGUAUAUCAUCAAAAUGUGCCAAUGUCCAUGGUACAUCUGCCAUCUUCGUCUCCAUCUCCGUAUCGGUAUUCGGUGAAUGCCGUGAGUGCGGCCAGCAGUCCUCCCUCGGGGACUUUGCAGCCACCUCAAAAGCCAUCGAAAUGGAAGUCAUACACGCAUCUCAAUCAGUCAUACCAACAUCUCAACCAGUCAUAUACGAAUCUCAAUCAGUCAAUGACCCAGCUCGUGUCCCAUACCAUCGACAAGACCAAUGCGACUAUCCUGGAGCUUGAAAACCUAGUGCACCACAGCUUGGUGGGAGGCGCCAAUGUCCAUGAGGCUACAUCCCGAUUGUUGGACCAAGUCAUCACCUCAAUCGAUGUGGGCUCUUUUUGUGGUCGAGAGAACGAGCUCGUCGCAGCAUGUACUGUGCCUUUCCAGUCAGAGGGAAAGAAAGAUCGCAGGUCCCAGCGCCAGGGAAAGAAGCCCUCAGGCUCUGUGGACUAUUUUUCCAAGGUGUACCUCUACGCCAACGCACGACUUCCACCCCAAUUGACUCCUUUAAAAUUCUAUCUUCCUACAUAUCCCCUCCUCCAACUCGCUGCCAAAUACUCGCGUCAAGUCUAUGACAAACCAUCUGGGCCCGAAAAACACUCAUAUGUGAACUCCGACUGGCGCCAAGGCACCAAAGCAAUGGUUGUCAAAUCCCUUCCAGUGGACGACAUGAAUACAAUUGUCUUCGCGAUCCGAGGCACCCAAAGCUUCAUGGACUGGGCCGUCAAUGUCCACACAGCACCAACCUCACCCCAAGGAUUCUUGGAUGACCCUUCAAACCGCUGUCACUCGGGCUUCCUAUCUGUAGCACGAAAGAUGGUUGCACCCGUUGCGGCUCGGCUCCGAAGUUUACUCGAAGAAGAUCCCAACCGUAUGGCAUAUUCUUUGAUCUUCACGGGCCAUUCUGCAGGUGGUGCCGUUGCCAGCUUGCUAUAUUUGCAUCUUCUUUCCGAGUCUCCGACUGUGUGUUCCGAACUCACGCAUCUUCGCGGCUGCUUCAAGCGAAUUCACUGCAUCACGUUCGGUGCCCCGCCCAUCUCAAUCCGUCCUUUCCAUCCCUCUAACGGUGUCAACGGAUCAAAGUCGAUGUUUUUUGCUUUCAUAAAUGAGGGUGAUCCAGUGGCUCGCGCCGAUAAAGGAUAUUUCCUCUCGCUGUUGGAUCUUUAUGUCACUCCUGCGCCGGGAUCGUUGUUGACCUUAUAUGACCGGAAGCAUACGACUGCUCCUAGUUAUUGGAGGAUACCUGGAUCCACACUAUCACUGGCUGGUAGACUUGUGGUCAUUCGUUCCAGAGAUCAAUUUAAUGGUCGACCAAUGACUUCCUCGUCGGCUAGUCGGGGUAACGUUUCGGGGGGCCCUGCCCUACCUCCAAGAGAAAAUGUCGACGCUUUUGGUCUCGUCGAUGCCGACCUCAAAGGUGUUGUCUUUGGUGAUCCGGUCAUGCACUUUAUGGAUCUUUAUUCCCGGCGUAUCGAUUCUUUGGCCAGUGCUGCUCUGAGUUCCAGGUAA